AACAAACCCACAUCCUCUUUCUCUCUGUUUUUGCUUCUCUUUCUUUCUCUUUCACUCACACUUUCCAGGAAACCAAACAGCUAGCAGUAUGGCAGAAGUACUGACCAAGGAACAGAUUGUCGAGUUCAAAGAAGCCUUUUGUCUCUUUGACAAUGAUGCUGAUGGUUGCAUUACGGUGGAAGAAUUGGCAACGGUGAUCCGGUCCCUGGAUCAAAACCCGACUGAGAAGGAGCUUCAGGACAUGAUAACUGAAGCUGAUACCGACGGCAAUGGGACUAUAGAGUUUGUAGAGUUUUUAAACUUGAUGGCCAAGAAGAUGAAGGAAACAGAUGCAGAGGAGGAACUGAAAGAAGUUUUUCAAGUGUUUGAUAAAGAUCAAGAUGGUUAUAUCUCAGCUAAUGAGUUGAGGCAAGUCAUGAUCAAUCUGGGGGAGAAACUGAGCGAUGAAGAGGUGGAGCAGAUGAUCAAGGAGGCUGACCUAGACGGCGAUGGUCAAGUUGAUUACGAUGAAUUUGUGAAGCUAAUGACCAUUAGCUCAAGCUGAACUCACCGGCUGAGAUUAGAUUCUAGUUAAUCUUGAUUGUAUUAAUUAGCUUUCGUAAAAAAAAAAAGAAAAAAGAAAAAAAAAACUCUUGUUUGUUCUCUUAAUAUAAUGUUAGUUGAAGACAAUGAUGUUAAUAACAAAUAAAAUUAGAUUUGUAAU